CGCUCUACCUCCUCUCCUCCACGCCACCUUCCCCACCGCUCAGUCACCCAGGAGUGAGAUCUCAACUCACAGCCCGGCGGGGCCGGCCACCUUAGUGACGCACUAACGCUCUUGUACUGCCGCUGCGCGAGUCCAUCGCCAUCGAUCUUACUAUUAAGUCGACUCCACUAGCUACACGACCACCACCAAGCGCAAGCAGCCUCCUCCGUCCUCGCCCCGGAGCUAGACACAGAGUGGCGUACCAGUGUAUGCGUGCGUGCGGUAUUCGAUCGAUGCUGCUGGGGAUGGAGGGGGACGCGAGGGUGGCGGCGGCGGCGGCGGCGGGUUCGGAGUGCAGCAGCGGCUGCCAGUCUGGCUGGACCACCUACCUGGACGACGACCGCUCCUCCUACGAAUACUCCUACGACCACGCCGUGGGGUUCCACAGCCUGCCGCAGCAGCAGCAGCAGCCGUGCUACGUCUGCGUCUUCUCCGACGAGGAGGAUGACCUGUCCAUGGUCUCCGACGCCUCCUCGGGGCCACGCCAGCAGCACUCGGCCGGCUCCGACGAAGGCGCCGCCGCCGCGCUCCCCAGUCCGCGUGCGGCGAGGAGAGGCAACAGGAUGGCGCAGCCUGCAGCGGCGAGGCGGCAGAGCAAGGUGGCCGCCACCGUCGCGUCCACUCUGCUCGAGGACACGGCCAGCUCGCCCGCAGUCUUCAGGCACUCCAAAUCCAAGGUGACGAGCUCCCCGGAGGCCGACGGCUACGGCAGCGCGGCCGGUUCGAUGAUGGACGUCGGCAACGCGGCCGAGUUCUCCUGCGGCUUCUUCGCCACCACGACAGGCUUCGAGUUCGAGUCUUCCUGCUUGAACAUGUCUCCUCUUGGCGGCUACCUGUACUCCCCUGCUCCUGUCAAACCGAUGUCCACAAGACAGGUGUUCAGAGAUGGAGGUGACAAGAUCCAGAGGUGGUGACCAACACAUUGCCAAGAGCUUGUCGCCGGCCGUUGCUCUGCCGGUUGCAGGAUGUUCAUGGCUUCCUGUUAUGCGCCGCUCUGCUCCGUUCUGUUCUUGGAAGCCAAGACCAAGAUGGCAAGAUGGGCAGCUCAGCUAGAGUAGAACGCUUUUGCGAGUCUUUCAUUUCUCGGGAUAAUCUUUACAUUGAGUUCUUUCUUUUUUAGUUUCCCUAGCUAGCUCUCAUUCUGUCUCGCUCUGUGUCCUGUGUUUACCAUGACUGCACCUGCUGCAGUUAGUAUCCAACUCGCUUUUGAGCUGUCAACGCAGUGGGAAACAACAACCUGAGAAAAAUACAAACGAGUGAGAUCCUUUUUGCGCCA